AUGAGACCCCACGAUGCACUCAACAGCGACGAUGCCAAGGAAGCGCAAUGGGAAGCUGCGAAGGGAGCCGCGUUCGGCGCCGUGAAAUGGGGCGCUAUGUCUGCUGUGUUGGGGGGAAUAGGCUACGGGUUCUCGCCACUGUACCGGGGGUUGACGAUUCAAUUCAAAGUAUACAUCCAGAUGUCGGGCAUGAUAGUGGGCAGCAUGAUUGAGGCCGAUGCGAGGAUGCGCCAGUACGAGCAGCAGGUGCGAAUCCAGAGGCGGGUCGCGAGGGAUCGGGCGAUGUGGGAGACGUUUGAGCGGGAGUUCGAAGAAGACGGGGGACUACCGCCGCCGCCGAAACCGAAGCAUUUGAGGUGA